UCUGAAAUCCCGAUUGAAUUAUCUUAAAAGCAGUCGCGUUUUUGCAAUCACGGCUGUAUGGUUAUUGAAAUAUGGAACUGUUUAGCAUAACUUUUGUUCCCCAGUCUAGGUUUGCGUGAGACGUUUAAAUUAACCAAAAGGUUACAGAAAAUUGUCCAUCUUCGGUUUGAUUGGCUUUUACUAGUGACAUUCAUUCACAUGUGUACGGAGGCUUCAGAUAUGUCUAUUAUUGGUUACGUGUGAAAUAAAAUCUCCCACCCACUGAUUGGGGGAGACCUGGUCAAUGCAGUUACUGUGGGCAGCAUAUAACGUACUGUAUUUUGAAUUCAACGUUACUUCUAAUUUAUGUCAAAACUAAGUGUGUGUAAUCUUGGUUUAGUUUGCCAGCCAGCAAAAGGCUAGUUAGUUGAAUUGCCUUUGCUAACCGUGUUAACGUCCGCCGAUUAGAUACCAAGCUAGUUAGCUAAAGCUAUCUGGUGUAGCAGCAGUAUUUAGACUGCCUGGCUAAGUUUUUUUGCGAGCCCUAUUGACUGUUUUGGGUCUGGGACUUCUCAAGGAAACAGCUCUGUCAGCUGUUUGUCGUUGUAUUUUUGAUCUUUCACCGAAACAUUUUUAUUUCAAAAGAAGAUGAAGAUUACUGUUGAUUUUGAGGAAUGUCUCAAAGACUCUCCAAGGUUCAGGGCUACCAUUGAGGAAGUGGAGGGAGAUGUGUGUGAGCUGGAGUCCAAGCUUGACAAGCUGGUGAAACUCAGCGUCGCCAUGAUCGACGCUGGCAAGGCUUACAACACAGCCAACAGGCAGUUUGUGAGCGGCAUCCGGGAGCUGGCACAACAGUCAGUCAAGGAUGAGGUCAUUGAGUCCAGUCUCACCAAGUUUGCAGAGAGCCUACAGGAAAUGAUCAACUACCAUGCAAUCUUGUUUGAUCAAGCCCAGCGCUCAAUAAAAUCACAGCUUCAGACAUUUGUGAAGGAGGACCUGCGGCGGUUCAAGGAAACCAAAAAGCAAUUUGAUAAGGUGAGUGAGGAGAAGGAGGCGGCCCUGAGCAGGAAUGCGCAAGCCCCGCGCAACAAGCAGCAUGAGGUGGAGGAAGCCGCCAGCAUCCUCACCGCCACACGCAAGUGCUUCCGCCACAUUGUACUGGACUACGUGCUCCAGAUCAAUGUUCUUCAGUCCAAGAGGCGAUCAGAAAUUCUCAAAUCGAUGCUGUCCUUUAUGUAUGCCCACCUGACAUUCUUUCACCAGGGCUACGACCUGUUUAGUGAGCUCCAGCCUCUCAUGAAGCAUUUGUGUGGGCAGCUAGACCAGUUGGUGGUGGAUGCAGCAAAGGAAAAAUGGGAUAUGGAAGUAAAGCACUCUACUAUUCGUAAAAAGGAUUCCCUGCAGGACUAUUCGAAUGACGACACCAAACUGGAGUACAAUGUGGAUGCUGACAGUGGGAUUGUCAUGGAGGGCUACCUGUUCAAGAGGGCCAGCAAUGCCUUUAAAACAUGGAACAGGCGUUGGUUUUCCAUUCAGAACAAUCAGCUAGUGUACCAGAAAAAGUUUAAGGAUAACCCCACAGUGGUGGUCGAGGACCUCCGUCUGUGCACAGUCAAACACUGUGAGGACAUUGAGAGACGCUUCUGCUUUGAGGUGGUUUCCCCUACAAAGAGCUGUAUGAUGCAGGCAGAUUCUGAGAAGCUGAGGCAGGCCUGGAUCAGAGCUGUGCAGAAUAGUAUUGCCACAGCCUUCAGAGACAGAUCGGAUGACUCGGAGAAACUGGACAGGAAGUCAUCGCCAUCCACGAGCAGUCUGGAUUCAGAGCCCAGAGAGAAGAGCCUGAAGGGAGAGGGUGCCUUGCAGAAGGUCAUGGCUAUUGCGGGUAACUCCACCUGCUGUGAUUGUGACCAGCUGGAGCCGAAAUGGGCCAGCAUCAACCUGGGCAUCACGCUGUGCAUCCAGUGCUCAGGCAUCCAUAGGAGCCUGGGAGUUCACUUCUCCAAGGUGAGAUCACUGACGCUGGACACAUGGGAACCUGAACUUCUUAAGUUGAUGUGUGAGCUGGGAAAUGGAGUCAUAAACCAGAUCUAUGAGGCUCGGAGAGAGGAGCUAGGGGCCAGGAAACCACAGCCAGGAGACCCCAGGCAGGAGGUGGAGGCUUACAUUCGAGCCAAGUAUGUGGACCGGCGCUUCAUCAGAAGGCCCUCGGACGAAGAGCUGAAGCUGAAGGUGGUGACCUUGUGCAAACAGGGAAAACGCCUCAGCUUCUCCUCAGAGCCCCAGCCACCCCGAGCACCACCACCCACACCCAAAGCCCGUCCGGCCUCCGGCACCUCAGAAAAGAGUGCAGACAGUGGAAUCCUAAACAGUGCUGAAGGGAGCAGAGAGGUCCUGGUGAGCAGCUCAUCCACCAACAGCCUGAAUGACACAGAGGCAGCAGAACACCAGCCAGCGAGUGGCAGCAAGGAGCAGGUGAUGUUCUCAGAACCAAAGCACUACUGCCCCGGCCUGCAGCUCUACUGGGCAGCCUUCACCCGCAGCCUGCCCAACAUGGCCGAGGCCCUGGCCCAUGGCGCACAGGUCAACUGGAUUAACACGGAGGAGGAGAAGAGGACGCCGCUCAUAAUGGCCGUGCAAGGAGGCUCUCUGGUUACCUGUGAGUUCCUACUCCAAAAUUCAGCCAGCGUAAACCAGCAAGACAGCCAGGGCAGAGGACCCCUGCACCAUGCCACUAUCCUGGGCCACACAGGGCAAGUGUGUUUAUUCCUGAAGCGUGGAGCCAAUCAGAACGCAUCAGAUAUUGAGGACAAAACACCAUUGUCAAUUGCAGUGGAGGCAGUUAACGCGGACAUUGUAACGCUGCUGCGGCUGGCCAAGAUGAAUGAAGAGAUGAGGGAAUCAGAGGGGCCCUACAAUGCCACAGGAGAUGAGACAUACCAGGACAUUUUCCAAGACUUCACACAGAUGGCAUCAGAGGACCCAGAUAAACUGAACCGCUUCUGAGGAGUGGCCGAUGGCUGAAGUCUGAUGCAGUCAAGCUUCCCAAAGCAGGCUGAGUAGACAGUUUGGCGCUCCUGUCAUUACAUGGCACCACAAUGAUAAUUUUAGAAUUGUAAUGAAUUAAACUUUGAUUCUCUGUCAUAUUUUGUGUUUCCAGCAUUUAGAACAAAAGGGUUUACCAAAGAUUAAAGUAUGAAGUUAAUUGUUCAUUAGGGUAACUCCAAUUGAUGUCAGAUUAUUAUAUCUGUUUUUAGCUCCUCAAGUGAAUUAUUUUAGCCAGUUACUAAACUGAGCCAACCGUGAUUUAAUAGAAACUCAGAUUUUGAGAAAUCCAGUGUCCUAUUUAAUCUUGCUUUUCUCUCAGUGCCGAACAGUAAGGAUACCGCUUUGUUAUAUGACCAGUACAUGUAUCAUCGCUAUUGUACUGCAGAAUGUCCUUCUCACUUAUAUCUACAUAUUACACAAAGUAGUCAUAUUCUACAAAGCAUUUAAGACAACACCUUAUGUAUUUAUGAUGUAGUAGUAUUAUUAAGUUGAUCGUGAUAUAUUUGGCACUUUUGUUGUUGUUGCUUUGUUUAUUUCUCUGGGAGUUCACACAGGCACUCAUCUCACGCAACUCACUAGCAGACUCCAAUCACUCAGCAUGCUGGGAUUUCCUUAGUAAUUCUCAUACACAGCCUUAAUAUCAUGGAGUCAAAAGUUUGUUACUCUGGUGUAAUUCUAAUUUGCUAUUUUAUUAGCUUUUAUGUUUGUUUUUUAUUGAGGUUUUUUUUUUCCCCAUCUUGACCUAUGACAUUUUAAGUGUCACCUCUUUUGUUUCAUAUAUUGGGUUAUUCUGAGUAUCAGAUGUUGAGCAGGGUGCAGAAUUUGUAUGAUGUGCACGAUCUGAUUCACGGUUGUGCUGUUCCUCCAACCUGCUAUACAGGAACAUGUCACUGCUCUCCGCAGGGGUUGGAGCUCUGUCAGGUCAUGUAGCCGACUAGCACUCCACCAGCAGCUUGAUUUAUAAAGCAGACCGGUGCUUGGAUCUGGUGCCUCAGCUCCACCAGCCCUGGAAAUCUCCUCACUUGCCCCCUUGUGGACUGAGAUAGUUUAAUAGUUGUCAAGGCAUUCUCAAAUCUGCAGGCUGGUUUUCAUGUAUAUACAGUAUAUGACAGUAUGAAGAUCAGUAUUGUGGGAUGCAUGUUCUUGUGUUCAUUAGGUUUAAAAUGCUAGGUUUUUGGAUAAGCCACUCCCAGAAGAAUUGGGCAUUGUCAUGGAGGUUUAGAACCUGACUGAGCUGGGUUAGGGUGUUUUUGAUGUCUCCCAUUGCAAUUAUGGGGUGCUUUUAAAAGCACAUGUAGUUAAGUCUCUGCUAUAUGUAGGCAAACGUAGCACACAACUGAAUAAGUAUGCAUCAUACAUUUUUCUUUGUCUUACAUGUUGUAAAGCAUGUACAUUUGUACAUACAUGUGCUUCUGUUUUAUUUGCUAUAAGUAUUUCUUAAAUAAGAAAUAGUGGUACUUGAAAUAUUAAUAAGCUUGUCAUUUUGUUGUUUUGAGCUGGUUUUUAUUAAAUACUCUGCACUUCAUAAGUAUAUGUUUAAUGAGAUUUCUAAAAUGAUGAUGAUAAUUAUAUUCACUGCAGAUGUUUUUUGAACAUGAAACUAUUUUCUGUAUGAUUUUUAUAAAGCAUUCUAUCAUGUUGGCA